CACAGCAGCAGCAGAAGAAGAAGAGUGGAGUCCGAUCGAGCAGCGGCGUCUCUUCCCUCUUCCCCGGAUCCUUUCAAAACUCCCUCCCGAACCUCUCCCCUUCUACCCUAACCACCCUGUCCACCCCCUGAACACACCCCACGGCUCGGUUCGGACAUUUCAGCCAGUAACCAAAAGCUCCUUGUGUUGACCAUUGUGUGUGGACUGAACAGCAAACAACAUGGAAUCGAGUCUUGUUGAAGGAGGACUUAAUGUCACCUUAACCAUCAGGUUACUCAUGCAUGGGAAGGAGGUUGGAAGCAUAAUCGGCAAGAAAGGAGAGUCGGUAAAAAAAAUGAGAGAAGAGAGUGGCGCUCGCAUCAACAUCUCUGAGGGGAACUGUCCGGAGAGGAUCAUAACCCUGGCAGGACCCACAACCUCAAUUUUUAAAGCCUUCUCCAUGAUCAUUGAGAAACUGGAAGAGGACAUCAGCAACUCGAUGACCAACAGCACGGCCACCAGCAAGCCACCAGUCACCAUGCGUCUCGUUGUGCCUGCCAGCCAGUGCGGCUCACUCAUCGGCAAAGGUGGCUGUAAGAUCAAAGAAAUCAGAGAGUCAGCAGGAGCUCAGGUACAAGUAGCAGGGGAUAUGCUGCCCAACUCAACAGAGCGUGCCAUCACCAUUGCAGGGACCCCACAGUCCAUUAUCGAGUGUGUCAAGCAGAUCUGUGUCGUCAUGCUGGAGUCUCCACCAAAAGGAGUGACCAUCCCGUACAGGCCCAAACCCUCCGGCUCUCCGGUCAUCUUUGCAGGUGGUCAGGCAUACGCUGUCCAAGGGCAGCACGCCAUUCCACAGCCUGAUGUAAGUGAAGGGCCCUCUCUCACCAAACUUCACCAGCUGGCCAUGCAGCAGGGCCCCUUCCCCAUUGCACACGGUAACCAAGGCUUCCAGGCUGGAAUGGAUGCCUCUGCACAAACAGGCUCUCAUGAGCUGACCAUUCCAAACGAUCUCAUCGGCUGCAUCAUUGGUCGUCAGGGCGCAAAGAUCAAUGAGAUUCGUCAGAUGUCAGGGGCUCAGAUCAAAAUUGCCAACCCGAUAGAGGGCUCGACUGACAGACAGGUCACCAUCACUGGCUCCCACGCCAGCAUCAGCCUGGCUGAGUACCUGAUUAAUGCUCGGCUGUCUUCAGAAGCCACUGGACUCGCAGCCAACUGACAUGGAGGAUCUUCAUCAGCAUCUAAUACAACCCCUCCCCCUAAUUUUUACCAAGAGGUCCCUUCUUGAACUUAAUGCAAAAACCAAGUACUAUAAACUCACUGUUUUCUCCUGCUUUGGUUAGACACCUCCUCAGUUGUAAUUAUGCCCUCGCCAAGAUAUUAGUAUUUUAUUUAUUUAUUAUGUUUUAAAUUCUGUUGGCAUAUAGUUUUCAAAGACUUUCUUC